CCGAGAGGCUCCUAACUGGGCGGCAGAGUCGCCGCGCGGAUUCGAGCGGCUCGGAACCGGCUCCCGGGAGCGGCACACACCUCCGAACUCGCGGCGAGUCCCGGCCGCAGACAGGUCUGCCACGCGUGCACACCUCCCGCAUGCCACCUCCCCACAGUUCGCGGCGCUGAGCCCGGCCCCGCGCGUGUCGGCGAGGAAGAGGUCCGACUAGGGAGCCGGCCGGGGGCUGCUCGCCGCGCCAGCUCCCGCUCCUCCUCCUGCUGCUCGCCGCUGCCGCCACCGCCGCGUGGAUGCCAAGUACCAGCUUUCCAGUCCCUUCCAAGUUUCCACUCGGCCCUCCGGCCGCAGUCUGCGGGAGCGGAGAAACUUUGCGGCCCGUGCCGCCCGCCGGAGGCACCAUGAAGGCGGCCGAGGAAGAACACUACAGUUAUGCAUCCCCUGGCAUCACCUCGACUCUGCCCCUUCCCACAGCGCACAGCUCCCUGCCAGCCCCAUGCCAUGACCUCCAGACAUCCACCCCGGGCAUCUCAGCUGUUCCUUCAGCAAAUCAUCCCCCGAGUUAUGGAGGGGCUGUGGACAGUGGGCCCUCGGGGUACUUUCUGUCCUCUGGAAACACCCGGCCCAAUGGGGCCCCGACUCUGGAGAGUCCUCGAAUUGAGAUCACUUCCUACCUGGGCCUCCACCAUGGCGGCAGCCAGUUUUUCCACGAUGUGGAGGUAGAAGAUGUGCUUCCCAGCUGCAAGCGGUCACCAUCCACGGCCACCCUGCACCUGCCCAGCCUGGAAGCCUACAGAGACCCCUCCUGCCUGAGCCCAGCCAGCAGCCUGUCCUCACGGAGCUGUAAUUCCGAGGCCUCCUCCUAUGAGUCCAACUAUUCGUACCCGUACGCGUCCCCCCAGACCUCUCCGUGGCAGUCACCCUGCGUGUCUCCCAAGACCACGGACCCAGAGGAGAGCUUUCCCCGAGGCCUGGGUGCCUGCCACCUUCUGGGAUCUCCACGGCACUCCCCAUCCACCUCUCCACGCGCCAGCGUCACCGAGGAGAGCUGGCUCGGUGCGCGUGGCUCCCGGCCCACGUCCCCCUGCAACAAACGCAAGUACAGCCUCAAUGGCCGGCAGCCCUCCUGCUCACCCCACCACUCGCCCACACCGUCCCCACAUGGCUCCCCUCGGGUCAGCGUGACCGAGGACACCUGGCUCGGGAACACCACCCAGUACACCAGCUCUGCCAUCGUGGCAGCCAUCAACGCCCUGACCACUGACAGCACCCUGGACCUGGGUGAUGGCGUCCCUAUCAAGUCUCGAAAGACAACCCUGGAGCACGCACCCUCAGUGGCCCUCAAGGUAGAGCCAGCUGGGGAAGACCUUGGCACCACUCCACCCACCUCUGACUUCCAACCCGAGGAGUUCACCUUCCAGCACCUUCGCAAGGGUGCCUUUUGUGAGCAGUAUCUGUCGGUGCCACAGGCCCCGUACCAGUGGGCGAAGCCCAAGUCUCUGUCCCCUACGUCAUACAUGAGCCCAUCUUUACCCGCCCUUGACUGGCAGCUGCCAUCCCACUCCGGUCCAUAUGAGCUUCGGAUCGAGGUGCAGCCCAAGUCCCACCACAGGGCUCACUAUGAGACAGAAGGCAGCCGGGGGGCUGUGAAGGCCUCAGCUGGAGGACACCCCGUCGUGCAGCUACACGGUUACUUGGAAAACGAGCCGCUCACGCUACAGCUGUUCAUUGGGACGGCCGAUGAUCGCCUGCUGCGGCCCCACGCCUUCUACCAGGUCCACCGGAUCACGGGGAAGACUGUCUCCACCACCAGCCACGAAGCCAUCCUGUCCAACACCAAAGUCCUGGAGAUCCCUCUACUUCCGGAAAAUAACAUGCGAGCCAUCAUUGACUGUGCUGGGAUCCUGAAGCUCAGAAACUCGGACAUAGAGCUGAGGAAAGGGGAGACAGACAUCGGGAGAAAGAACACCAGGGUGCGGCUGGUCUUCCGCGUUCACAUCCCACAGCCCAAUGGCCGCACGCUGUCUCUCCAGGUGGCCUCAAACCCCAUCGAGUGCUCCCAGCGGUCGGCCCAGGAGCUGCCCCUUGUGGAGAAGCAGAGCACCGACAGCUACCCAGUCAUUGGCGGCAAGAAGAUGGUGUUGUCUGGCCAUAACUUUCUGCAAGACUCGAAGGUCAUUUUUGUGGAGAAAGCUCCAGAUGGCCACCACGUCUGGGAGAUGGAAGCAAAAACUGACCGAGACCUGUGCAAGCCAAAUUCCCUGGUGGUGGAGAUACCACCUUUCCGUAACCAGAGAAUCACCAGCCCUGUCCAAGUCAGCUUCUAUGUCUGCAACGGGAAGCGGAAGAGAAGCCAGUACCAGCAUUUCACGUACCUUCCUGCCAAUGUUCCAAUUAUAAAGACGGAACCCACGGACGACUUUGAGCCAGCUCUGACCUGUGGACCAAUGAGCCAGGGACUUAGUCCUCUGUCGAGGCCCUACUAUAGCCAACAGCUCACCAUGCCUCCCAACCCCGGCUCCUGCCUCGUGGCUGGCUUUGCCCCCUGCUCACAGAGGAGCACACUGAUGACCACGCCUCCCGACGCAAGCCCGAAGCUCCAUGACCUCUCUUCCACUGCCUACACCAAGGGCCUCACCAGCCCAGGCCAUGGUGGUCACCUCGGACUUCAGCCACCAGCUUCGGAGGUUCCCGCCAUGCAGGAAGUGCCGAGACCCAUGGCCAUGCAGCCCAACUCGCCUGAGCAGCCCCCGCCCGCCCGGCUGCAGCCGCAGGUGAGUCCACAUGUGAACAGUAGCUGUCCCCUUGGUUGUCAACAAGUCCUCUGUCCCAACAGCCCCUCUUCUCCACUUCCGCCUGCUGCCCACGAGCCAGCCUGCUUACAGCCCUCAGCCCUCCCUCCUGAUGUGGGCCACCGGCAGCAACAACCGCAGAAGGUUCAAAGAAAUGAAUCUCCAGCCGCACUGCCAGCGGUGCGUGAGGACAGUGAUCAUAAUUUGGCCCCUAUUCCUGUAGUGAUCAAGCAAGAGCCCGAGGAAUUGGACCAGUUGUACCUGGAUGAUGUAAAUGAAAUCAUACGCAACGACCUCUCCAGCACGAACCCCCACUCCUAAUUCAGCGCCUUGGAGCUGGCAGAAGCUGUGUGGAGCUGGCUUGGUGCAGACAACUGGGCUUCAGCGAGCGAGACUUUGAUGAAAUAAACUGAACCCACAUCUGGUACCACUCAGAAAUCCCAACUUACCGAUUCUAGGAGCUUAUGUCUGAAGAAGUAACUCUCUAACAAGGAUGGAGCAGAAGAGGAGGCCACUGCAACUCCUGAGAGAAAAGUCAUCUCAGCGAAGAGAAGGGCUGGCCUGUGGGGCCAGGAGCAGAUGCUGGCCCACGAAAGAAGGGCCUGUAUGGCAGACUGACCCCAAGCCUGAUCCUCCUGCCUACCGGAGUGAAACACUGGAAGUGCCUUAUAAAAUCCAACCACCACACCAGGGCAUUGUGGAAGCAAGCAUUGAAUUUCCUACCCUAAGAGAAUUUGUAGAAGCCAAAGCUAUUUUGAAAACAAACAAACAAACACUUUGUUAGGAGCUUUUAUCCUUUGUAUUAAUUGACAGGAUUCUGGUGAGCUAUGGCUUCCUAUUUAUUUCUGACUUUGCUGGCUGCCCUCCACAGCUUGCCUGCCUUUUCCAGUGCGUUCCUGAGGUCUUCCAAUGGUCAUCUCGGCUCUUUCCUAGUCAGCUCCAUCCGUGUGACUAAAACCGCAGCUUUGUGAAUAAUAGUAUGCUGAGCUUUUAGUUCUUAAUCCGGCUUCCGACACAGCACAAGGAAGUUGAACGGCACAAGACAGGGAUCCUGGACAGAACAAAACCUACCGGCUACAGGACAGAACCUUGUGUUUGCAUGCGUGUACAUAUAGGCAUAUAUUUAUGUAUAGAUAUUAAAGAACGGAGAUGGUGAUGACCAGUCCGUGCCCAGUGGGGGCUCCCGUGUUAGCAAUAAUGAGUGUCCACCUUGAGAAUGCACCUCAGAGUCCAGACCCGAUUUCCCAGCACCUUGCAUCAGCAUCUGUCGCCCCUGCACAGACAGGUGGCAUUUUCCUAUCUCGAGUAGUUACUGAGCACUCUAGACGCAGGAGAGCCGUGCCCAGAUAUCCAUGACUAUCGAAUGGCCAAGUCUGAAGGUGGUUGGUUGUAAAUAACCGUUACAGAAGGAGUGUAAUAUAUUUGUUCAAUUAUAAGAUAUUAUUUCACAGAAGCCUUAUAGCUCUCUGCUUCAUCUAAGAGGACAGUUACCAAAAACAAUGUUUCUGUAUGCAGUCUGUGGAUAGCGUGUUUUCAGGUUAGUUUCCAGUAACAGAUAGGCUGGUGUCAGCUGUGUGUAAUUAGCUGCUUAUUACAGUUGCUAGCAGUGACCUAUUAUUUCUUAUAACCAAAAAGCAUGGUUUAAUUAAAACAUGUUUAAUGAUUGUGCCUUAGGAGUUAAUGCCCCCUUCUGGAACAUGCCUGAAUUGCACCUGUGGGUGGACGUUGUAAGUUAGUCACAGACGAAGUCAUGAGAGGAAAAGCUCUCUCAUAGGAAGGAAGAUGCAUCUUUAGAAUGGUCGUCUGUAGAUGGUGUUUUACCUUUCUCCAACUCUCAGAAAGAAACAAAUGUCUGAAAGCCAUAUCGAACGUUUUCACACGACUGUGAAGAGCUGACGUGUGCCACCUUGUACACACACAGCUCCUGGUCGCCUGCAGGCUGCCUCCUGCCUGCAUCUAGUAUGUAUCUGUGUUUGUUAGCAUCAUGGAGUUGCAUGACCCAUUUUUAGCAGACUGUCGUAUGAAAGCAAGCGUUGGAUAUUUGUGUCAGCUAUCUUUGUAGUUAGAAAAUGGAUCCAAUAAAGCAGUAUUUUUUUCUUUUU